AUGCCAAGCGUACUGAGGGAGGAGGCUGAGCACUCCUUGGAUCUCACCGAGAAGGCACGGCCCGUCAAGCAAUGGUUGCGUCGCUUCGCUCAAGAUCGGAAGGUGGCUAUUAGGGUAGAGGUAACCCGGCUUCUAGCCGUCGGUUUCAUCCGAGAAGUUACACAUCCAGAAUGGCUGGCAAACUCAGUCCUUCUAAAAAAGAAAAAUGGCGAAUGGAGAAUGUGUGUCGACUAUACUGAUCUCAACAAGCAAUGCCUCCAGGGGCAGAUCGGGCGCAAUUCCGAGGCCUAUGUAGAUGACGUCGUCAUCAAAACCAGGUCCAAUGAUCAGUUCAUUGCCGACCUCCAGGAAACAUUUGAAAAUCUCAGGAGAUUCAAAUGGAAGCUGAACCCCACCAAGUGCGUCUUUGGCGUCCCGGCCGGGAAGCUACUUGGCUUCAUUGUAAGCAGUCGGGGCAUCGAAGCUAACCCAACAAAGAUCAAUGCUAUCAGGUUCAUGAAGCCACCCAGGUGCAAGAAGGAUCUGAUGAAGCUCACAGGGAAGUCAGACAAGUUCGAGUGGGACGAGGAAGCUGCCGCAACCUUUCAACAGCUCAAAGACUUCCUCACAACUCCGCCCGUCCUCACAGCUCCAGAAGAUGGGGAGACGCUACUCCUCUACAUCGCGGCAACCACGCACGUGGUCAGCACCGCCCUGGUCAUUGAACGAGACGAGUCAGGCCAUGUCUACAAGGUGCAGAAACUCGUCUACGCGAUUCUCAUCACGUCAAGGAAGCUGCGCCACUACUUCCAGGCGCACAAAGUCAAGGUGGUCUCCUCCUUCCCACUCGGCAAUAUACUUCACAACAGAGACGCCAAUGGCUGGGUCGUCAAGUGGUCAGUGGAACUAGGGGCUCUAUCCAUCGAGUUCCUCCCUCGCUCCUCCAUCAAGUCACAAGCCCCGGCUGACUUCAUUGCCAAGUGGACAGAUAUCCAGGAUCCUCCACCUGACGAACGACCCGAGCACUGGGUCAUGUACUUCGACGGCGCACUUAACCUCGACGGCGCCGGUGCAGGCAUCCUAUUCAUCUCCCCGAGAGGUGAGCAGCUAAAGAUCACGGCCUCCCUCGGCAUCAAGAGGCUACUCGCCUAUGGCGACUCCAAAGUCAUCAUUCAGAAAGUCAAUAAGGAUUGGGACUGCACUCAAGAGAAGAUGGACGCCUACUGCAAGGAGAUACGCAGGCUCGAAGCCCACUCCUACGGCCUGGAGUUCCACCACGUCCUCUGGGAUUACAACAUGAAAGUCGAUGUACUCUCCAAGCUGGGCUCCAAGCGGGCACUCGUCCCGGCCAGAGUCUUCGUGCAGGCUCUCAACUCCCCCACUAUCAAGAUCGAGGAGGAACCUCCCACCAAGCCAGACCUAUCGCCAGCCCUAGGCCAGGAAGCGGCGCAAGGAGGCUACACUCACAUAUUCGUCGCCAUCGACAAGUUCACCAAGUGGAUCGAGGUCAAGCCGGUCUCAUCCACGUCAACAGCCAAGGCAGCCGAGUUCAUCAAAGAAAUAAUGCACCGGUUUGGAGUGCCCAACCGGAUCAUCACAGACUUGGGCUCCUCCUUCACCGGAUCAGAAUUCCGGGACUUCUGCCAGGAGAGCUGCAUCGAUGUCUACUACGCCUCUGUGGCCCACCCUAGGUGCAACGGCCAGGUAGAGCGCGCCAACGGCUUGAUCCUUCAGGGGCUCAAAGCCAGAAUUUUCGACCCGAUCGAAAAAUCCAGCUCCAAAUGGAUCCAAGAACUACCCAGAGUAGUAUGGGGGCUGUGCACGGAGAGAAAUCGGGCCACCGGCUACUCCCCCUUCUUCAUGGUCUACGGUUCUGAGGCUAUCCUCCCGAUGGAUAUCGCCUUUGGUGCUCCGCACACCCAGAACUACGAUGAAGGCGAAGCCGAAACAACUCGGCGAAUAGAUCUCGACUCGGCCGAGGAGCACCGUCUAACGGCAGCCCUCCAGCACGCCCGGUACGAGCAGCAGCUACGUCGUAAUCACGACAAAAACGUCCAGCAGCGCGACUUCAACGUCGGCGACCUGGUACUCCGACGGGUCCAGUCCCCCGGAGGCAAGCUAACUUCCCCAUGGGAAGGACCCUUCAUUGUGAGCAGCGUAGUUGUCCCAGGAACCUAUAGACUGCAACGCAAAGAUGGAACAGAUGUGGGCAACCUAUGGAACAUCGAGCACCUUCGUCGCUUCUAG